CUCGACCUGACAGCACUCCCCUUAUUCAACAGGAGCCCCUGUACCCCCUGUACCAGGCGCAAGCCCACACAGAAUGAGCGCGUAGUCAUGUGGUUGCUGCAACUACCAUGAGUCGACAGGUAGCACCCUCGCCCGGCGCGUUCCUGCGGUGCGCGCUCGCUCCCCAGCCGCUGAGGCAGAGCGCUCUCCCGCGCUUCGAGGUGGCCGGCUGGCCGGCGCUGUGCAGAGGAAACGGAGCGCAGACACGGACGACAGCAUCGGAUCCGCACAGUCACCGCAUACCGACAUCGAUUCCGACAUCGAUUCCGACACCGAUACCGACAGCCUCAGCGUUCACGCGCCCGUCACACGUCAAGCCAUUGCCCGCGCACGUCAAGCCGUCGCCCGCACACCUCCUUCGAGCCGCGUCGCCCCGGCCGAGCGCGGUCCAGCAAAGCGUCACCGUCGCUGUUCUCGCUGCUUGGAGCAGGGAUGCUUCGACACGAUCACACCGCGCACCGCGCAGAAGCAGCAGUGGCGACCGCCGCAACAAGAGCUCAGCGACCGCGGGCCCGCCCAAGAGCAAGCCAAACCAAGGGGCACCGCAAGCAGAGCUGUCGCCGAACCCCCAGAAUGCCCAGACUCCCCAGACUCCCCAGACUCCCCAGACCCCUCCAACGCCAUCGAGCCCCGCUCAGUCUACGCCAGACACGAAACACGACGACUCGCAUACCAUACUCGACCGCCUCCCCCACCUCCCCCACCUCCCCCACCUCCCCCACGUCCCACACCUGUACCGUCCCAGCAAGGCAGAGCUGCUGGCUGCUGCAUCGGGCUUCUGGUCGCGCAUGAAGGUCCGCUUCAAGUGGCUCACCAUCCGCAGCAACCGCAAGUUCAACGCCGACGAACUGUACGCCCUGUUCUCGUGGGUGCUGGCUGCACACGUAGCCUGGGUCAUUCUGGGCACUACGACCUUCUUCAUGUUGACCGUCUUCCUGAUCAACACUGCCUUUUCGCAGGAAACACUGGCCAAGUGGAUCGGUAACUACCUGACGCAGUCGUCUGGCAUCAAGGUCGUCUUCGAGACUGCUGUCGUGCCCAAGUGGAAGGAUGGUGUCAUUUCGUUCCGCAGGGUCUUUGUGUCCCGCCGACCAGGCCAAGGCCGUGGAAAGGUUAGCAAGGGCUCGCAGACUUCGGCUGCUGCUGAGGCUGCUAUUGCACAGGCAGGAAAGGAUGGGCCGGUGGAAGAGGCGGUGGAGGAAGACACCAAUUACACCCAGUUUGACGUCUCGAUUGACACUGUCAACGUCACGCUGUCCUUCUCAAAGUGGUUCAACGGCAAGGGACUGCUGAAGGAUGUCGAGAUCAAGGGCAUUCGCGGCGUCAUCGACCGCACCUCGGUCCACACUGUGGAAGGCGUCGAUCCACGAUCCUACAAACACGAGCACAACCCCGGCGACUUCGAGCUCGAUUCUUUCAAGAUGGAAGACUUGCUCGUCACCAUCUACCAACCCGACGGCUUCCGCCCCUUCCCUGUGAGCAUUUACUCCUGCGACCUGCCCCAGCUGCGCAAACAGUGGCUAUUCUACGACUUUCUCUCCGCAAACAUGAUGUCUGGCUCUUUCGAUCACUCUCUCUUCACAGUCCACCCGCGCCAAACGCACAACUACACGGGCAUGCAGCUGUCCAACGGCCGCGAUACCGAAGAUGGGUCUACCUGGAAGAAGCACUCUCGUAUACGAAUCGACGGACUGAACAUUGACCACCUGAACCGGGGCUACGACGGCCCAUUCUCCUGGAUCCACGAAGGCAACGUUGACAUCGUGGCCGACAUCAUGCUGCCCAACGACGACGACGAGUCUCUCGCAAAGGUCAUGAGCGACAUGUACGACCGCGUCGAAGCCACUGUCAGCCAAAACGGGCGCGCAGUGAAGCACCAUUUCUCCGAUCACGCCGCCCACGGCUUUGAUCACCACGACGACGAUCACCACCACGAGGAGGAGACAAGCGAAGAAGACGACCGCUUCGUGAUCAUGGACCUGCGCGUCCACCUCAACGACGUGCGCGCCGCAGUGCCCAUUUUCACACGGGACAUCUCGUACGUCAACAAUGCGCUUGUACGACCCAUUGUCGCGUACAUUAACAGCAAGCGCACGUUCAUUCCUGUGAACUGCAGAGUGGUGAAAAAAGUCAGCGAGUUCGAUGGCAGCUGGACAUUGUACGAUAGCGGGUUGAUGGCGGAAGUCUCGCGCGAGAUGUACGACGCAUUCGCCCGCGACGUCCUCGACGACCGUACCGUACGGAAACGUCGCAUAAAGAAGGUUGGUAUUUGGACGCUGCAGUUAGCUGCUCAGGCACUGUUCUUGGGACUGGCUGGUAAUAUGGCAUAAUAGAUGGAUAUACCCGCAUGAGGAGGUCUGCAUCCUGUACGAUACGUGCUUUUUUGCUUUUGGCAUGGCGCUAUGGCGUUGGAAAGGUCACCACAUGGGACCGAGGAUGAAUUUUGGGCAGGAGGACGGGCUUUGUGUGUAAGUAUGUGUACAGUAUAUCUUUAUGAUGAGACGAUUACUUGACAUUUAUUCAAGAGCUAUGGAGCUAUUCCGCAAUGGCCAUCCAGUGUUCCUGCUCGAGUGUCUGGUGAGGAAGCAGCGUUGACUAGGACUUACCUCCCUUCGCCCCACGUCUCGCCUCGUACUCUCUCCGCCUUGCCCUCGUCGUACCUUACAUGCUUGUAAGACACGAAAACUCUUCUGACCGACAAUCGCUC